GGACCAUGAGCGACACCCGCGCUACAAUUCUCGUUACCGGUGGCUGCGGCUACAUUGGAACACACACCAUCGUCUGUCUUUUACAGAAGGACUACGAUGUUGUCGUGGCCGACAAUCUUUCCAACUCCAGUAUCGUUAGUCUCGAUCGUGUUGCCGAAAUUGUCGGACUCAGUGAGCACGACCGAGCUUCGCGUCUCGUCUUCCACCAAGUCGACAUAUGCGACGAAGCCGCGUUCCGUAAAGUCUUUGAAUCUUCGCCUCGAUUCGAAUCCUGUAUUCAUUUUGCCGGUCUCAAGGCCGUCGGAGAGAGUACGAAAAAGCCUUUGCUGUACUACGACAAUAAUUUGUCGGGAACUUUCGUGCUCCUGCGUAUGAUGGACGAGUUCCAGUGUCACUCUUUGGUAUUUUCGUCGUCGGCAACCGUCUACGGGGCUGCCGAGAACAUGCCUAUCACGGAAGACACACCAGUAGGAGCAGGCAUUACCAACGCCUACGGACGUACCAAGUACAUGAUCGAAGAAAUUCUGCGUGACUUUUACCAAUCGCAAACGCUGGAAGAAAGUACCACGGACUGGUCCAUUACCAUUCUGCGGUACUUCAAUCCUGUUGGUUCCCACCCCUCGGGAAAGAUCGGCGAAGACCCGAACGGCAUUCCCAACAAUCUCAUGCCAUACGUGGCACAAGUUGCCAUUGGACGACGUGAGCAUCUGACCGUUUUCGGGUCCGACUACAACACGGCCGACGGAACGGGAGUGCGCGAUUAUUUGCACGUCAUGGAUUUGGCGGACGGCCAUCUCGCCGCGAUGGAUUAUAUGAAGCAAAAGAAAAGUGGUAUUUUCACCUUCAACCUAGGCACCGGGAACGGCUACUCCGUACUCGAUAUGGUCAAAGCAAUGGGCAAGGCCUGUGGACACGAAAUCAAGUAUGUUGUUGGCAAUCGGCGCCAAGGCGACAUUGCCACAUGCUUUGCUGACGCAAAUUUGGCCAAGAAUGAGAUGGGAUGGGUUGCCUCUAGGGAUCUCGACGAAAUGUGUAGAGAUUUGUGGUGUUGGCAGACCCAGAACCCCAACGGGUUUGCCGGACAACCCUGUGAAUCGCAAUAAUCCGCCGCAAAAAAUAGUAUACGUUACUU